AGAAGCACUCCUUCUGUUUUCCGUUGUACUCCGACCGAAAUUUAACCUUUACCUAGAAAAUGGUCACGUAAACAGCAUUGGCGAAAAACAAUGCACAGAAAGACAAGUGUGUUGUUUAAUUUACAAACAUUCUUAUUUUUAUUUUUAAACGAGGGAAAGCUUAAGGAAAAUGGACGAUAACGCUAGGAAAAUCCUUAGGCUUCCGCGAUGGGACGGUCAUCUCAGUCAUAUGGUUGCCGGUGUUUCUGGGGGUGUUGUGGCUACACUCGUUUUACAUCCUUUGGAUUUAGUAAAAAUUAGAUUUCAAGUCAGUGAAGGAUCAGCUGGUGGUAAUGUCGUGGGAGCUGCUCGACCAGAAUAUAAAGGCAUUGUCGAUGCAUUUAGAUCCAUCAAACAGAGUCAGGGAAUGCUGGGAUUGUACCAGGGUGUGACACCAAAUGUAUGGGGAGCUGGACUCUCAUGGGGUCUCUACUUUUUCUUUUAUAAUGGUGUAAAAACAUGGAUGCAGGAUGGUAAUACUCAAAAGUCUUUGGGACCUCUUAAAAACAUGCUUGCAGCUUCAGAAGCAGGACUUUUGACAUUAUUUCUAACAAAUCCUAUAUGGGUGACCAAAACACGUAUGUGUUUACAGUAUGAGGGGAAUUCCCCAAAGACCAACGGCAGCACUUACUACAAAGGAAUGUUAGAUGGUUUACUGAAAAUCUAUAAAUAUGAAGGAAUUCGGGGAUUAUAUCGGGGAUUUGUACCAGGUAUAUUUGGAAUCUCCCAUGGUGCUUUGCAGUUCAUGGCCUAUGAAGAAAUGAAGACUUUAUUUAACCAAUACCUCAAUAGACCAAUAGAUUAUAGAUUAGGCACUUCAGAAUAUCUUACAUUUGCAGCAUUAUCCAAAAUAUUUGCUGCAACACUAACAUAUCCGUAUCAAGUAGUCAGAUCACGACUACAGGACCAGCAUCGUAGCUAUAAUGGUGUGGUAGAUGUUCUUAAACAAGUAUGGAGGUAUGAAGGAUUGGCAGGAUUUUAUAAAGGUUGUGGUGUGUACAUGUGGCACGUUACUCCAAAUGUAAUGAUUGUCUUUCUAAUCAUGGAAAAAGUCACCAAUCUGAAGAAAAAAGAGGAGAGCCUGGAAAAUUGGAGUUCGGACGAUUGAAAUUGUAGUCUUUUGGUAGGAUGAUCGUUAUUCUACCUGUUCACUGUGAUAAUUGUACCUCAGAUGUUGUAUCUGAAAGAGAACACUGUGAAAAAUGGGACCACUCACUUUACUUUAAGCAGAUACUUAUUUUUAACAAAACGAAUAUGUGUUUUGCGCUCUUGAAGAGAAAGAUCUGGUUUCAAGCCUGUUAAAAAUGUCAACUGGACAAGAAUAUGACGAAGUCUUUCAUUUAUAGCAUUUCCAAAGAUUAAGACUUUUCCCUUAAAUUUAGUGGUAGAAAUAGUACUUAUGAAAAUAUUUUUUAUGUGUUUUUGCCAAGAAUACAUACAAUGUACAUUCUGUAACUACAUUUUACUCUCUUUGAACACAAAGAAAAUAUAAGCACUUUCAGUAGUUAAUUGUAUCAAGGUUUCAUAAUUCUUUGAAACUCAGUAAUUUUUUCUAAAUUCAAUAUGAUAUCUGUCAUUUUGACUGUUACAUUGAAAUUUUGUUUCAUGGUCAGUAUUUCUUUAAAAAAAAAUAAUCACUUGGAAAAAAAACAACCUUUAAUUGUGUCUGUUUUUUUGUUGUUCUAUACAAUGAUAUCUUGUUGUGCUAUACAAUUAUAUCUUGUUGUACUAUACAAUGAUAUCUUGUUGUACUAUACAAUGAUAUCUUGUUCUACUAUGCAAUGAUAUAUUUUUGUACUAUACAGUGAUAUCUUGUUGUACUAUACAGUGAUAUCUUGUUGUACUGUACAAUGAUAUCUUGUUGUACUAUACAGUGAUAUCUUGUUGUACUAUACAGUGAUAUCUUGUUGUACUAUACAAUGAUAUCUUAUUGUACUAUACAGUGAUAUCUUGUUGUACUAUACAGUGAUAUCUUGUUGUACUAUACAGUGAUAUCUUGUUGUACUGUACAAUGAUAUCUUGUUGUACUGUACAAUGAUAUCUUGUUGUACUAUACAGUGAUAUCUUGUUGUACUAUACAAUGAUAUCUUAUUGUACUAUACAGUGAUAUCUUGUUGUACUAUACAGUGAUAUCUUGUUGUACUAUACAGUGAUAUCUUAUUGUACUAUACAGUGAUAUCUUGUUGUACUGUACAAUGAUAUCUUGUUGUACUAUACAGUGAUAUAUUGUUGUACUAUACAGUGAUAUCUUGUUGUACUAUACAAUGAUAUCUUAUUGUACUAUACAGUGAUAUCUUGUUGUACUAUACAGUGAUAUCUUAUUGUACUAUACAGUGAUAUCUUGUUGUACUGUACAAUGAUAUCUUGUUGUACUAUACAGUGAUAUCUUGUUGUACUAUACAGUGAUAUCUUGUUGUACUAUACAAUGAUAUCUUAUUGUACUAUACAGUGAUAUCUUGUUGUACUAUACAGUGAUAUCUUGUUGUACUAUACAGUGAUAUCUUGUUGUACUAUACAGUGAUAUCUUAUUGUACUAUACAGUGAUAUCUUGUUGUACUGUACAAUGAUAUCUUGUUGUACUAUACAGUGAUAUCUUGUUGUACUAUUCAAUGAUAUCUUAUUGUACUAUACAGUGAUAUCUUGUUGUACUGUACAAUGAUAUCUUGUUGUACUAUACAGUGAUAUCUUGUUGUACUAUACAGUGAUAUCUUGUUGUACUAUACAGUGAUAUAUUGUUGUACUAUACAAUACUAUCUUAGUAAGGGUCAAGGUUCAAAGGCUGUUUUCCAUACAAAAAAUCAAGAACGGGUGAGAAUUUUCAAGAAAGAAUGUUGAAACCAGAAUAUAUAUAAUGCAAGCAUCACAGAGUAUACAAAAAUGCCUUUCAACCUUUUAAAUUAAUUAAAAUGGAAUUGUUCUAAAGUUUCUGUUUUGAAAAUAACUAGAUAGAUCUCUUUGUCUACUAAUAACCGUUCAUUUUUACAUUUAAGUCCUUCUUUUACAAGUGUAAAGGCUGUUCCAUUAAAACAUGCAUGGUACCCUAGGCCUAGGAAGGCACUUUGAAAAUGAGAUAACCAUUUAUAGAGGCAAUUUUAGAAUUUCUCUCAGGAUUUCACUGUACUUGACACCCACCAACAGAUUUGAUUUCAAAGUGUGACUGUGUGUUUUCUGGGUCCCAUGUAUGUUUUUAUGGAACAGCCCUAAAUAAAUGUGUAUUUUAUUGAUAAAAUUCCUGUCUGUACUUUUAAUUGUCAGGAUUUUUAUAGGUUUACGGUGUAACAAGCCUCGCAAGUUAUAUUUAUCGCUGGGUAGAUAAACUAUUUAGUUAUUGCAUUUAACCAGAUAAUAUCAGUGUUCUCAUUAGUUGCUCAGAAAAGUCUGAUAUUAAGUGUUUUGUGCAAUUAUUGAAACUGCCAUGCUUCUGAGUUAUUCACCACCUUAUUAAAGGUAGAAAUUGUCCGGCCUUCUCUGAUAUGAACUGUUCAGGAAAACAGAAGAUAUAGGCUGGUUCCCUUGAAAUAAAAACUCUCAUGAAAUAAUAUGAAUUACUGAUAAUCUCAGGAACAACACUUUUAUUGCUGUCCUUAAGCUCAGAGUUGCUUAAAGGUCUUAAACUAUGAACUAAGAAGCUCACACUAUACAACAAGGUCAAGGUUGAUACAUUUAGAUCUCUGUUGAUUAUGAAUUUCACCUGAAAUGAUCAAGCUUUUAAUUGUAAAGUCAUCAUAGAUACCAUGAUUUAAAUUUUGUAUGAAAGUUUAUCUUCCUCUAGUUAACUUUAAAUGAAGACGUCCAUAUUUAUUUAUUGUGUGGUAGUAUUAUAUUUUAAAAGCUUGAAGUAAAAAAAUGAAUAUAAGUAACAAGGGAGGUAACUGAGAUUAUUUUGUGAUUUUAAAUAAUAGAUAACAUUGUAUAUUUAUGAAUUUUUUUCAGGUAGAAAAAAGCAAGAAUAGUAACCUCCAUUUUUCUUGUAUUUUCUAAAAUUUUUCUAUAAAAGCCAUUUUUAUGAGACAACUUACAUAAGCUGCCUGUAGUGAAUAUAAAAUAUUUAGAUCUGGCAGUCUUGGGGAAACUUUUCAGGACAAAACCAACUUUUCUUAUAUAUACCAUUACCAUAGGUCUGAUGUUAGGUCUUCAUUUCUCUAUUCUUUAAUUUUUAAAGCUGUUAUUCUCUAUUAUUUAUAUUUUUUACCCCUUAUUCUCUAUUCUUUAUAUUUUAGCACCCCUUAUUCUCUAUUCUUUAUAUUUUAGCACCCCUUAUUCUCUAUUCUUUAUAUUUUAGCACCCCUUAUUCUCUAUUCUUUAAUAUUUGGCCCAUUUUUCUCGAUUCUUAAUUUUUUUGGCCCAGUAUUCUUUAUUCUAUAUCCAUCUCCAUCCAGCCCUUUAUUACCAGGCAGAAAUCUGUUAUUUAUAAGGACAAUCAGAUUUCAGAAUUUAAGUAAUGUUGAACAUUCCAUGUUUUCAAGGCAGAAUGAUAUUAUGUAUAUAUUUGAUGAAACAGUGGUUGAUAAUUGUAAAUACUUUUUUUAUCGGAAAUGUGAGGUGAUUUUUAUGUAAAUAUUAUAAUUAAUCAUGUUAUUUUUGUGUGAAAUACUGAAAUAUUGAGGACAGAAUCUGAAUGGUGUAGGUUGUGAGACAUAAAGCAGCUUAAUUAUGUAAUUUUGAUCACAGGUUAAAGCUCAUUGUAGUGUUGUCUGUAAGUUAGAGUGAAUGUGUUUUUAGAUCUGAAAUGCAGGAGCAAAAUGGUGUAAAUGAUGAAAGAGUGGUGUGCAAGGUUAUAUAGAAUACUGUAAAUUCAGAAAUUAUUGCGAGGUUUUUUUAUUAAUGCGAAUAAUGCCAUUGAGUGAGUAUCGCAAAAAUAAAAACUCGCAUUAUGAUAUCUGAUAUAAAUAACUGUGUGAAGAUUUUCCUGCAAUCACAAUAAUUAAUCUCGCAUUUUUGUCCUUUCCACAAAAAUCGCAAUAAUAAAUGCACGCAAUAAUUUCUGAAUUUACAGUACUGGGGAUUUAUUAUUUUUCUGGGGAUACUAAUUUUAGUGGAUUUUGGGGGUAGGUGAACCAGGAAUGUUUAUUGUGAAAAUAUGUUCCUAUAUUGUCUAGUCUUGAAAUAGCUAUUACUUUAAAAUUACUUAAUGUUUUUCCAGAUAUAAUUCUAUGGAAAUGUUUUUGGUCUCUUUUUCCCAAUGUCUCCCAGCAACACAUUUUUAUAUUUAGAUUGUUCCAUUGAAAAUUUUCUGAAUUGCCCAAACAUGAGAGGGAUUUAAAUAGAAAUGUUGUUAAAGACCUCACAAAGAGCAUUUUCUGGGACAACAAUAUUUUGUGACAUAAAGUUUAUGAUUUGAUGUUUGUAAAUAAGAUCUGUAAAGGGUAAAUUAUUUCAUUGCAGUGAAGAAACAUUUUGGUUUUUGCAGGUAUGAAGGCUGGACAGGAUUUUAUAAAGGAUUGAAACCAAAUUUAUUACGUGUGACACCAGCAUGCUGCAUAACCUUUGUGGUAUACGAAAAUAUAAUUACGUAUUCUAAAAGAAGAAAGGAAAAAGAAUCCAGGACA